UUUUUUUCGUCAGUGGUGCAAUAAUGAUAAUAAUAAUGACAAUUAAAAAAAAUACUCACAACAUUCAUAAUACAACUCUGAUCUCAGCCGAAUGGAUUUAUCCGUUCCGAGAGACACGGUUCAUUUUAUAGCUCUGUGUAGUAGUGGCAAUAAGUCAUUUUGCUAGUUUGUCCUAGUGGAUUUGCCGUACAACAUAUAUACUGCAGAUGAACUUAAAUGUCGGAUUUGUUUCUGUCAACAAAGGUGCUUUCACAAUUAGUAAUUAUCUGCACUGAACGUGUUGAGGCGACGACACUUAACUGGUUUAAAACGUCAUUCACUGAUCGUCGUGUUCCGCUAAACUCUUCUCAGAGCACGUAGAGUUUUAUCCGGCGAGCUCAGCGUACUUUAGCGUGCUAGCCGCAGACAAAGAGAUGCGUUUGUUGUCAAUACAUCGCUAAGCAGAGAUCAAGCGUCAUCACGUGCUGUGAUUUUGCUCGGAAAUGUGUGCGAGGAGUGUGAAAGAAGAGUAUGAGGGGGAACUUGGAACAAGAGCGGAGAACGGGCGUCAACGUCAAGUCGGUGAUUCUCGAGUUGUGUUACACACAGCAGAUAUAAGCAAAGAUCUUCAUCCUGAGCAGGACCCAGAGGUCCCCCAUGCGAAAGAGGAAGAGGAGCCCAAGACACCCGACAUUAAAGAUGAAGAAGAGGAGGCUGAUAUCACCAAGUUUCCGUUGACUGUCAUUGUGAAGACUGAAGAUGAUCAUGAUGGAGAGGAUGACGAACAAGGUAAAGAAUGUGGAGGACCACAAGCAGCCAGCCUUUUGGCUCCGCUUUCAGAUAGUGAUGACAUAACGUCACACUCUUCUGACACUGACGAAGAUGAAGAUUCUGAAGGUGACAUCACAUGUCACGCUGGCAACAAACGUGUGAAAUGUUCUCACUCUCAGUGUGACAAAACAUUUGGCAAAAAGUCAUCGUUAGACAGACACAUGCGAACUGAAAAAAAAGCUCUUGCCUGCUCGGUCUGCGACAUAAGUUUCAUUGAACGCUCAGAGUCCGUGAUACAUAUGAAAUCACAUACUGGUGAAAAACUGUUUGAAUGCUCAAUUUGUGGGAACAGGUUUUCUCUCAAGGGACAUUUAAAUGCACACACGCGAAUACACACCGGAGAGAAACCUUUUGCCUGCUUGGUUUGUGGUAAAAAAUUCACUGAGAAGGGACAAUUGGGAACACAUGCAAGAACGCACACUGGAGAGAAACCUUUUGCCUGCUCAGUUUGUAGUAAAAGAUUCACACAGAAGGGACAUUUAGAGACCCACACAAGAACCCACACUGGAGAGAAGCCUUUUGCAUGCUCAGUCUGCACCUUAACUUUCAGUGACGGUUCAGUCUUGGUUCGACACAUGAGAACACACACUGGGGAGAAGCAAUUUUCAUGCUCAAUUUGUGGUAAAAGAUUCACUCAAAGGUCAUAUUUGACAACACACACGAGAACACACACUGGAGAGAAACCGUUCAGUUGCAAUAUCUGUGAUAAAAGAUUCCAUGUGAAGCUUCAGCUGACAAGACACAAAUGUGCUGGUGAGAAGAGCAGCAUGAAAUUGUGAAGAGAUUGUCUCUGUGGUGUGCACAUCAAGUUCUGCAAUCCUUGAGAGAGUUCCAGUCAAGACGUAGUGCUGCCUUUGUCAAACAAGGCUUGAGCUCCUUUCAGCAGAAGU